ACCAUCCGGGUUAAAUAGGGACUAUGAUCUGUAUUUAUUUCUGUGAUACAAUGUAGCAGCAUGACAUGAAGUAGGGGUGUUAGAUUUGAAUUUUGAAUUCCCAGAGGUGAAUUGCUUAUGACUCUAUGUAACAACAGGGAUGGCAGACAAUGGGUUAAAAAUGCUGACAGCUAAUGAGCCUGAUGUCAUUUCCUGUUGAGAUGUUUAAAUGUUUGGCAUGUGUUACUGACAUUAUCCUGUUAUGCUUGAGAAAGGGCACGCUGCAGGCCCGAAACGUCGCAGGCGGAGAGAUGUUCUGCCACUAACAGGUCAUGUAAUGAACUUUUAACUUAAAUACACUUUUUUCACUUUUUGAUACAACGAGUGCUGCCUUUUUUCUUGUCUACUCUGUAUUUGUAUGGGAAGCCUACGGAAGUCUCCCUAAAGGCGCUGCACCAACCACACCUGUUAAGCUGAAGAUACAGUUUACGAAUGCAUUCUGAUGUACUUACAAUGUAUUUUGAAAGUGCGUUUACGAGAGGGAACGUUAGUGUGCCGAUCGAUCGUUCGUGUUUGUGCCACCACUUCCGGAAUAUUUCGUGGUGCUACGUCCUUUCCGCUGACGUCACAUCGGUCACGUGACAUCGUUUGCUGGCGCCAGUUUGCAGUCUUCUUUUGGACAUGGAGCAAGACAGAAGGAGGGCUACAGCUAUGACCUGUGCUGAGAUGGUCUACAUGGUGCAGAUCUUGGAGAAACAUGAUUACGAUGGCAGAAAAGUGGUAUAUCAGCAUGCUAAUACCAGGAAAGAUGGCAUACUCACCAAAAUUGUUGAAGGCUUGAACAGUAGAUUUCGAGUGCUGCGAACUAAAGACCAACUCAGAAAGCGAUGGUCCGACCUGAAACUGAGGGAGAGAGAACAACUCAAUAUUAUUCACAGAAUAAUAAAGAAAAAACAAAUCAAGAAAGCAAGAGCUCUUGCCAAAAGAAACCGAAGACAACCAAGUGGGGAUUCUGCUAUAGACCUCACAGACAGCACAGCAGACGCCCCAGCAGAAGUGGCUGAAGUGGCACAGGUGACAGAGGGCUUUUUGGGUGGAAAUCAGGAGGAUAUUACAGAAGAGCCUCACAGCUCCUCGCAAGACACCCUGCCAAUUUCAGAUGUUGAAGUUGCAGUUAGUACACAUUACCAGACCAAACUGAGGAGCUGCAUUGAGAGCUUACAGUGUGCGAAGGAAGCCAUACUAUUACUUCAAGAGCAAAUCACUGGUUUGAUUGAAGAAAUGGAGAAUGACACAGCAUAA